GAGCCUUCCCUCGCGGGACUGGGGGCUGUGGUGGGGAAUCCUGCCAACGUGGGUGCUUCACGCCGAUCUCGGGUGCAAGCGAGGGGGGGGGGCGAUAAAUGAUUUUUGGGGAUGAAGAAGCUGGCGCGCAGCCCAUUUGCACCCCAGUGUCAGCUGGGCUGGUUUUGUGUGUGUGUCCCCCCUCCCCAACCCGAACUCACGGGGCUGCUCCCCCCACCUUGGGCUGAUGCCACGAGGGGUCUUUCCCCGCUGCCCUCAGACCCAUUCUGUAAGGAAUCCCUGGGAUCCCUUGGGAUCUUUUUCAGGAUAUUAUUCCCAGCCGGGCUUCUGCAGAGGAUGAGCGCGGUGGCCUUCGCCUCUGCAGCCCUGCGCGUGGCGGUGGGGGUCUCGUCGGGUGGCCCCCCCCCCCCCCCCCCAAAGCAGAAAUCUCCUCGCAGGGCAAUUAGCGGCGCUGGGGGCAAAGCGGGCGCUGCUCUACAAUAAUUGGCUAAUCAUUAGUCACUCUUUGGUGUUGGUUGUAAAAUCAUUAAUCACCGGGAAGGAGCGCUGCUAAUGCGGCUGGAACGGGCCGGCGCAACCGCCCACGGGAGUCACCGCCACGACACGCCGGGUGGGAGCGUGGGGGACCGUGUGGGGUGUGAUCUCCCGCCCGGGUUUAGCGAAGCGACGCUUUGCUGCGGAAACGAGCUGGGCUUACCCAAAAACUGGCACUCGCCACUCUGGCUUUGGUGCCCGCUACGGCCUUUCACGUUUUUUUGGGGGGGUUCUCGGAGCCGAUUUCUAGAAAACAGCGGUUCCUUUUCUGCUCUGAGGUCUGGAACUGGAGUCGCCCAGUCCUGGCUUUGGUGGUCCCAUCGGCUCAGCCCCCGGGGACGCUGUGGACCCUGACUUGCCACGGAGGAGCAGGGCCGUGCUCCGGCGAUGGAGAGAGCCCGGAGCAUCCUCUGCAGCAGCUCCAUCGCUUGUCCUGGAGCCGCCCCUCUCCAAAAAGAGGGGGGUAGAGACAUGGAGCAGCUCUUCCCUUUACCGCCAGGGCUGAUUCAGGGUCUCCUGGCUUUGAAGGGCGCUUGCUCAGCGCCCCCGUACCCCCCCAGCCAUGGCUGCUUUGCUGAGGCAAAGGGCUGCGUGGGGAUUCCUGGAUGCUCGGGGACCCCCCCGGUGUCCCCCAGGAGAGGCUUUGGGGUGCUCUGACAUUCCCCGCCCCCCCCCCAGCUCUCUGGCAUCCCACUGCACCGCAGCCAAGGGUGUCAGCAGUUUCUGCUCUCCCAAGCUGCUCGCAGGCAGCUUUCCCAGGGAGCUCGAAUUAAUAACCCCGUGACAGAUUGCACUGGCUGCGUUUCACCGAAAAAUAUCGCCAGGAGCAGCCGCCGCCAGGCCCCCGAGCCGCAGUGGGCAGGCGCGGGCAGGGCUGCCCCCCACCUCCCUCCUUGGGGGGGGGGGUGGGGGGGGUUUAUCUGCAGGGCGGGGGCUGGAUGCGGCCGCCGAGCUGCAGCGGGAAAAGCAGCUUCCAAGGGAUCCGGCUCCGGCCCGCGGAUGCUCGCCCGCAUCCCGGGGCUGCGCAGGAUGGACCCCAGGGUUUCCGCGCCGUGUGGAGCCCAGCGUGGCAGGCAGAGGAGCUCUGCCAGCCUCCAAAUCGGUGGCUGGGAGCGCCGCCGGCACGCAUCCUGCCUGCCACAAGCCUCCUGCCUGGCAUUAAUUAUGCAUUAGCCCUCUAUAAAGUAUUUAUGUCCGCCUGCCGCUCAGCCACAGCCAGAAGGGUCCCGGCUAAAGCGAAAUGGUUCCUCGGUGACUGCGGAUGCUCUGCCCAGACCCUCUUCCAGAGCCCCGACGAGGGCUGGCAGGUUUACACCUCGGCGCAAGCCCCCGACGGCAAAUGCCUCUGCACGGCCGUCAUCCCCGUCCAGGGCACGUGCUCCCGCGACCUGCGCAGCCACCAGCUCCGCCAGCUCAUGGAGAAGGUGCAGAACAUCUCCCAGUCGAUGGAGGUGCUGGACCUCCGGACCUACCGGGACCUCCAGUACGUGCGCAACACCGAGUCCCUCAUGAAGGGCCUGGACUCCCGGCUGAAGGUGGCUGCUGAGAGCCAGAAGAGCCUCAAUGCCAAGAGCUUCCAGGAGCUCAAGGACAAGAUGACGGAGCUGCUGCCUCUGAUGCCCGUCCUGGAUCAGUACAAGUCGGACACGAGGCUGAUCGUGCACCUGAAGGAGGAGGUGAGGAACCUCUCCGGGAACUUGCUGGCCAUCCAGGAGGAGAUGGGUGCCUACGACUACGAGGAGCUGCAGCAGCGGGUGCUGAUGCUGGAGGCACGGCUGCACGCCUGCAUGCAAAAACUGGGCUGCGGGAAGCUGACAGGCGUCAGCAAUCCCAUCACCAUCCGAGCGUCGGGCUCCCGCUUCGGGUCGUGGAUGACCGACACGAUGACACCCAGCGCCGACAGCCGGGUGUGGUACAUGGACGGUUACUACAAGGGCCGCCGCGUCUUGGAGUUCCGGACCUUGAACGACUUCGUGACGGGCCAGAACUUCGUGCAGCAUCUUCUGCCGCAUCCCUGGGCCGGCACCGGCCACGUGGUUUUCAACGGAUCCCUCUACUACAACAAAUACCAGAGUAACAUCGCGGUGAAGUACCACUUUCGCUCCCGCAGCGUGCUGGUGCAGCGCAGCCUCGCCGGCGCCGGCUACAACAACACCUUCCCUUAUUCUUGGGGCGGUUUCUCCGACAUCGACUUCAUGGUGGACGAGAGCGGGCUGUGGGCCGUCUACACCACCAACCAAAACGCCGGCAACAUCGUGGUGAGCCGGGUGGACCCCCAGACGCUGGAGGUCCUGCGUAGCUGGGACACGGGUUACCCCAAACGAAGCGCCGGAGAGUCCUUCAUGAUCUGCGGCACGCUCUACGUCACCAACUCUCACCUUGCUGGCGCCAAGAUCUAUUUUGCCUACUACACAAACACUUCCAGCUACGAAUACACGGAUAUUCCCUUCCACAACCAGUAUUCCCACAUAUCCAUGCUGGACUACAACCCGCGGGAGAGGGUGCUCUACACCUGGAACAACGGCCACCAGGUCAUCUACAACGUCACGCUCUUCCACGUCAUAAAGACGUCGGGAGAGCUGUGACCCCGCGCCGGACUCCUCUGCUCUCCCUCCCCAGCUCUUUAUUUUUCUACACUUCAGCCUCGGCCAUUCUCUCUAGGGGACGGAGCCUUCCUCGUCCUCUUUGAUCUUUAUUUUUUCAUAUUUCUUCGGUUUCUUCCCGCGGUUCAUGGCGCAUGGAUCUCUUUUGCCUUCAUUCGAGCUGACCCUGGUUGUUUCCUUGGUUUAUUUUUAUUUCGGUUUUGGUUAGUUUUGGUUUUGUUUUCAAUUUACAUCUUUAUUUUGGCAGCAAAUAAAAACGGUCUCUUUGACGUUU